AUGAUGGACGAGAGCAAGCAAGGGCUCCUGAGCCCCUCUCAGCGCGAACAUGGUCGCGGCUCCUUCGACGGUGACGACAAACAACAUUUCUCGCGUUCCCGCACAUCCAUCUCCUCCGAUCUCGAAUCCGACCUCGACGCAACAGAGUUCCUGACCUCGGAUCCUCUCGAGUCCAAGACCGACCCCAAACCAGCCUUCCUCACUGGCCAGAAGAGGUUCAACUUCAGCUCUCUUCGCAGGCCUUUCCGCAACCGUUCGAAGUGCUGUGUCGUCCUCGGCAGUGUCAUCCUCAUAAUUUGGCUCAUCUUGGGGGCAGGUGGGGCGGUCGUAUACAAGAAGUUCAAGGAAGAGCCCAAAUAUGGACAGUCACCGCCCUGGUAUCCUACACCCAAGGGAGGCUCUGCCACAGGCUGGGCUGAGAGCUACAAGAAGGCAGCAGCCAUGGUAGGCAACAUGACAUUGCCAGAAAAAGUAAACGUAACAACGGGCACAGGAUGGAUGAUGGGUUUAGCUGUUGGUACCAACGGCCCUGCUACCUUGGUGGGUUUCCCUCAGCUCCAGCUGCAGGAUGGGCCUUUGGGCCUGCGCUUUGCCGACAAUGCAUCUGCCUUCCCAGCAGGCAUCACGGUCGGUGCCACCUGGAACAAAGAGCUCAUGUAUGCCCGUGGGAAGGCCCAUGGAAACGAGGCUCGUGGUAAGGGCAUCAACGUCCUUCUUGGUCCCUGUGUCGGUCCUCUGGGUCGAAUGCCCGCGGGUGGGAGAAAUUGGGAGGGUUUCGGCUCAGACCCCUACCUACAAGGCAUUGCUGGCGCCGAGACAAUCAAGGGAAUUCAGUCCGAGGGAGUCAUGGCGAAUAUCAAGCACUUCGUGGGCAACGAGCAAGAGCACUUCCGGCAGUCGUGGGAGUGGGGCCUUCCUCACGCCAUCUCCUCCAAUAUCGACGACCGCACCCUCCACGAACUAUACGCUUGGCCCUUUGGGGAUGCUGUCAAGGCAGGCUUGGCUAGCGUGAUGUGCAGCUACAAUAUGGUCAACAACAGCUAUGCUUGUGCCAAUUCGAAGCUGCUCAACGGUGUCCUGAAGGACGAAUUGGGGUUCCAGGGCUUUGUUGUGUCGGACUGGGGCGCUCAACGAUCGGGCGUGGGAAGUGCCCUGGCUGGGCUCGAUAUGACAAUGCCUGGUGACGGUCUGCGCUUCUCGGACGGUGAAUCACUGUGGGGUCCGGAACUCACAAAGUCCAUCCUGAACGGAUCUGUUCCUGUCGACAGGCUGAACGAUAUGGUCACUCGAAUCGUUGCAGCCUGGUACCAACUGGGGCAGGAUGACCUUUCAAAGUUUGACAGGAAAGGCCCCAACUUUUCCUCGUGGACCAAUGACCGCUUAGGGACAAUGAUCCCCGGCAGCAAGACGGAACAGGACGUCGUCGAGGUCAACAGCUUCGUCAACGUGCAAGCCGACCACAAAGAUGUCGCUCGUGCAGUAGCACGCGAAGGCGUUGUGUUGCUGAAGAAUGAGGACCUCCUGCCCAUCGAUCGAAUGGGAUUCACCGACGCAAGGAAGCGGGACGUUCACACAAGGCACGAGGGCAAGCUGAAGAUAGGCGUCUUUGGCGAGGACGCCGGCCCUGGCAAGGGCCCAAACAAGUGCGUCGACCGAGCUUGCAACCAGGGAACUCUUGCUUCUGGCUGGGGAUCAGGCGCGGUCGAUUUCCCCUACCUCGUGCCUCCCGUCGAGGCUCUCCGGAAUGGCUUCAACAUGACCAAGGUCCAGUGGUCUGAAUACUUGACCAACGCUCCGGACUUCAAGUCUGACCCUAGUAUUCUCGACCAGGACGUGUGCAUUGUCUUUGGCAACGCGGAUGCCGGCGAGGGGUUUGUGCGCUGGGAGAAUGUUGCUGGUGAUCGACCGGACCUUUUCUUGCAAAAGGGGGCAGAUGACCUCAUCGUCAAGGUCGCGCAAGGCUGCGGUGGCGGUGCGGGUGAAGUUCUCGUCGUUAUUCACGCCGUCGGCCCUGUCAUCAUGGAGAAGUGGAUCGAUCUUCCCAACGUGAAGGCGGUACUCUUGGCCAACCUUCCCGGCCAGGAAAGCGGAAACGCACUAGCAGAUAUCAUCUUCGGCGACGAAAGUCCCUCGGGACAUCUCCCAUACACGAUCGGGAAGUCCUUGGAGGACUACGGUGUUGGUGGACAAAUCAUGUACAGGCCCAAUGGCGUUGUCCCGCAGCAGGAUUUCACAGAAGGUCUUUACAUCGACUACCGCUACUUCGAUAAGAAUGGCAUCGAGCCGCGGUUUGAGUUCGGGUUCGGGCUCAGCUACACGACCUUUGAGUUUUCUGACCUGCAGGUCUCCUCUCUCAAAAGCAAGUCACCGCUGCCAAGCAACAGGACACAGUCUGGAGCCACGCCGCCUGAGUACUCCAAUGAUAUUCCCGAUUCCGAAGAAGCCCUCUGGCCGGAUGGCUUCCGCAGGUUAGACAAAUAUAUCUACCCAUACAUCGACACAAUGGAUGAGAUCAUCGAUGAAAAAUACGACUACCCCGAAGGAUACAACCAACAGCAGCCCCUCUCCCCUGCUGGCGGCGAGGAGGGCGGCAAUCCCGACCUCUGGGAGACUUAUGUCCAGGUGAAGGUGAAUGUGACCAACACGGGUGCCAAGGCAGGCAAGGCAGUCCCACAGCUCUACCUUGGUUAUCCCCAGGGAAGCAAGAAGAUAGACUUCCCUGUAAAGGUGCUCCGAGGAUUCGAGAAGGUUCAUCUGGAGCGGAAUGAGACUAAAACUGUUGACUUUAACCUGACGAGGAGGGACCUCAGUUACUGGGACGUUGAGAGUCAGAACUGGAGUUUGAAAAUGACGGGUCUAUACACAAUCAUGAUUGGGCAAAGCUCGAGUGAUUUGACGGAGUUUGGAACAUGGUAA